UUAUUUGCCUUCGGGAAUAUAUUACAUUCUUUGUCAUGGAAAAAAAAAGGAAAACAAAACCAUAACCAUAAGUGAGCAUUGUUCAAAGAUUAUGAUGUCCUUGGUUUUAAAAAGUGUGGGUGAUUCGAGUCGAUUUGGAUCAAAAAGCACGUUGAUGGGACAUGAUGGAACCUGUACGUGUUUCGUACAUACUAAAAGUAAAGAAAAUGUGUUUGUGGGGAGGAUUUUGUGUGUGUGUGUGUGUGUGUGUGUCGUGUCCAGCUCCACAUCUCCCGUCAUCGUUUCCUCCUCUUUUUUCCACCCUUUACUGUUGAGGGAAAACUUUGAAAGUUGAGCACGCAGAGAUGAACGGAGCUCAAGCGCUGCAACAUGGAUUUCUGAGGCAAAAAACACACACGGGAAACAGAUAAGCAGCACAAAAAGGUAAGCUGGAUGCUGGAGGACCGAGGAGACGAUGACUGCCAACAAGAGCGCAAAGGCUGCUGUCCAAGCUGGAGAGAGUAAAGUCUCCCGGGACAUUACAGGCAGGUACCGGUCUGUGUCCCCGCCUCCCAUUCUGUCCCAGGUGAAAGCGCCAGCAUACCUGCUGAGCGACAGCCAAGACUCCUGCCAGCAGGCCAGGGAAGCCAGCGCCACUGAAGGUCAGCCCCUCCGCCUGAGGAACUGGAGCAAUAGGACGGACAGCCUGCGCUGCGUAUCACUGCAGUCGGCUCGCUUUCAGUCCCAGACCCGACUUCUGAAAUCUCGGAGCAUCGCCUGCCUGGACAACAGACUGUCCAUCUACAGGCCCCCUGGUAGCCAGGAGCAGAAGGAGAACCGGCAGGAAGGCAGCCCACAAAAGGGAGGCCUGAGCACCAGCUCACUGGGCUGGAGCACCCUCUCUCUGGGAUCUUCGUCCCCCACCGGCCGCCAAGCAGGGUGCCUCUCACCUGCUGGCAUCCGCAAGAAGAUCUCUGAAUGGGAGUGCCGGAGGGUGGCGCUGCCUAGGAUGAGCCUGUGCCUGGAAAAGAGGCCGCUGGGAGAGCGGGUAGGUGGCAGCGAAGGCUGCCCUAGCCUCUUGUCCUCGCCGUGCAGUGACAAGACUUUUGACUUCAAGAGCAUCCGGAGGACAAGCAGUGCCUUGUCUGAGAGCUCUUACCCGGAGACGGAGGAGGAGGAGACAGCGGCCUCUGACCGGCAGAGGACCCUAGGCAGCUCUGUGAAGCGACCCUUCCGGACAGACACCACAGGGGUCCUGCUGCGUUCCCUGUCCUCCCGCAAGGAGACCUCCGCUGUCCUCAGUCGAAUACAGAAGAUUGAGCAAGCGCUGAGAGAGAGCCCCCCAGGUGCCCCACCCCGGUAUCCCAGCAGCUGCUAUACUCCUGACAAGCUCCGCCACAAGGCCUCUGUGUCCAGUGGGCCAGGGCAAGUGGACAGUGCAUGUGCCAGCGAGCUGAGGAGCGUACUUUCAGCCACACCGGAGCCUGAGGCAGCCACCCCUAGCCAGGACAGACUCUCUAAACUCAAACAGAGGUUUAGCGUAAGUUCAGUGGGCUCUGCGAGCUCCGAGUUACUCUCCCCGGACACGAUAGGUGGUGCGACAGUCAACCCCCUGCCCAAGCCCAAACGCACCUUUGAGUACGAGGUCAACCAGAACCACGAGAAUCACAAGGGCCCGUUGCCAAGCAACGGUCUACCUCCUGGCAGCGACUCCGAGUCUCCUCCCCCACUGCCCUCUACCCCGGCACCCCCCAUGACGAGAACCCUGAAAUCAGAGGGGAGUUUCUGCAAGAAGGCACAUGACAGAGGAUCUCUGGAGUCUGAAGAUGCCUCCAGCUUGCCACCCUCACCGGCUGAGAAUGGCAGCACCUCCACGGGCAGCCACAGCCGACCCAGUUCCAAAAGCACUUUAGAGGAGAAUGCCUACGAGGACAUUGUUGAGUCCCUCAAAGAGAACCCAUACGAGGAUGUGGACCUGAAGGACAGGGGGGUGCGGCGGAAGUCCCGCUUGCUAAAUGAGAGCCCCCGGGACUCCGUGCACAGGAUGUGGACCCCCCAGGAUGGGAAAUUCAGUACACCUUCUCAGGUGUCCAGCACCCAGUCGCCACACCUCCCAGGGCACCGGGCAUCCCGUCAGGCCAAACGCUUAAACCAGGAAGAUGUGGUGCUCAUGCCCCAGCUUGGAAUCUCCUCUUCCUCAUGCACCGUAAUGGAGGAUGGCCUGAGUGGCGUCAGUAGCACGUUGACCUCCCACCGGCUCCGGAGGGUCCCCAAGGUGGUGCAGAGGAUAAACUCGAUCUACUGUACGAAACGAGGCAAGAAGAGGCUCAAGAAGCUCAACCUGUCCAGCAUCGAGAGCGCCUCUUUAAGAGAUGACAACAGUGAGAGCGAAAGUGAGUCGGAUGACAGGUUCAAAGCCCACAUACGACGGCUGGUGAAGCUGCAGUCGAUGCUGCGCAGGGCCCCCAGCUACCGCACGCUGGAGCUGCAGCUCAUCGAGUGGCAGGAGAGGGAGCUCUUUGAGUAUUUUGUGGUGGUCUCUCUGAAGAAGAAGCCCACCAAGAAUUCCUACACCCCCGAGGUCACCUACCAGUUCCCUAAGCUGGAGCGGCUCACCAAGCAGGUGAGGGAGGCAGAGCAGCGACUCAAGGCGAUCCCCCAGUUCUGCUUCCCCGACGCCAAAGACUGGAGCCCCGUGACUGAGUACAGCAGUGAGACCUUCUCAUUCAUGUUGACGGGGGAAGACGGGAGCCGAAGAUUCGGAUAUUGCAGGAGGCUGCUGCCCAGUGGGAAAGGGCCCCGCCUGCCUGAAGUGUACUGUGUCAUCAGUCGGUUGGGCUGUUUCGACUUGUUCUCCAAGAUCCUGGAUGAGGUGGAGAAGCGCAGGGCCAUCUCAGCCGCGCUCGUGUACCCCUUCAUGAGAAGCUUGAUGGAAUCACCCUUCCCAGCCCCUGGGAAGACCAUCAAAGUAAAGACCUUCCUGCCCGGAGCAGGAAAUGAGGUGAUGGAGUUACGGAGGCCCAUGGACUCCCGCCUGGAGCACGUGGACUUGGAGAGUCUUUUCAGCUGCCUGAGCGUGCGCCAGGUGGUACGAGUCUUCGCUUCACUGCUUCUUGAGCGGAGGGUUAUCUUCGUGGCUGACAAGCUCAGCACGCUGUCCAGUUGCAUGCACGCGGUGGUGGCCCUGCUCUACCCCUUCUCCUGGCAGCACACCUUCAUCCCUGUGCUGCCCUCGUCCAUGGUGGACAUUGUGUGCUGCCCCACGCCCUUCCUGGUGGGCCUGCUGUCCAGCUCGCUACCCAAGCUCAAGGAGCUGCCCGUUGAGGAGGCAUUAAUGGUGGAUUUGGGAACAGACCGAUUCAUUAAACAGAUGGAUGAUGAGGCCUCACUGUUGCCACGGAAACUUCAGGCCGCUCUGGAACAGGCUCUGGAACAGAGGAAUGACAUCAUGAGCCAGGACUCCGACAGUGAGUCGGAUGAAGAGUGCAACACCCUCAACAGCGUGGUGUCCGAAGCCUUCAUUCGCUUCUUCCUGGAGACCGUGGGCCACUAUUCGCUCUUCCUGACGCACAACGAGCACGGCGAGCGUGUCUUCCAGAGGGAGGCCUUCCGCAAGUCCGUGGCCUCCAAGAGCGUGCGCCGCUUCCUCGGCGUCUUCAUGGAGUCCCAGAUGUUCGCCGGCUUCAUCCAGGACCGAGAGCUGCGGAAGUGUCGAGCCAAGGGUCUCUUUGAGAAGCGGGUUGAGCAGUACCUGGAAGAGCUAUCUGACACGGAGCAGAGUGGAGUCAACAAAUUCUUCAAAGGACUGGGAAGCAAAAUGAAGUUUCUACACAAAAAGAACUAGAGGAAUUCCCUCCUACUCUUUCUCAAACCAAAUAUCAGACUGUGGAUUCUUACUGCAUAGCGCACAUCAAACCCUGGUACACCCAACAUGUGUUACAUUAGGCUGUGUCAAACACAUCCCAUUGUGUAUAAAAAAAAAAAA